AUGAAAGGCCGUGGGUUCAGCUUUGCACGAAAAGCUCAGACACCUGUUGAUGGUGACCUCGAGAAGCUGAUCACCAGCGCUGUCGAGGCAGCUGUGUCCAAAUUGAGGGACGAGAUCAGCCCAUUGAUUGCUCUGGUCACGUCUCUGUUCCCUACUCUGUCAGAGGCUGUGCUGUCUGAUGGUCCCAAGGUUCCUUCCUCUCCCAGUGCGGACACCGGGGUUCAUCCGCCGCCACCUGCACCCGUUACCCCUCACCCCGUCGCCAUCCCUCCUCCGCUCUCUCUGCCUGAUUGUACUGUCGCAGAUUCCAUGAUGGAUGAUGAUGAUGUUCCCUCUACCUCAAAGCGCGGUGCCUCUCCUUCACCACCUCUGUGCUCUGCCUCCGUUGGCAAACGCAACAGGAACAACAUUAAGAACUGCAGCAAGAACGGUGACAAUCACGAUCAUAAGAAUGGCAGUCAAAACGACAGCAAGACCCGCGGCAAGACAGGCGUCUGCGAUGUCCUUGCGGCUGCGGUUGCUCAGUCUAUCCUCGGGGAUGAGUAA